AUGCAAGAUAUUACAUGGAAAAUGAUUGAAUCAGCACAAAUUAAAAUAAUAAAAGAGGCCUUUCGUCUUCGAUAUAGAAAAGAUAGCAAGCUUAUUAGUGAAUAUGCUGGAUAUGUAAAAAAUUUGCGUAAUGCAGAAAACCAAGAUGAAUAUAUAAAAUAUACAGCAAUAACUCUAUUCCCAAAUGAUGAAGCAUAUAAUAAAAGAAUGUCGAGAUAUAGAAAAUGGUAUCAAG